AUCCUGAUGGAUCCAAGAUUGGUAAAGUCCGCUCAACUGGGAGACACAGGCGCGCUUAAUGAAUUACUAGAAGGCGAUCCCCUGAUAUUGGACAGAGUUGCUUUAUCUCAGAUUGCAGAAACUCCAUUGCAUAUUGCUACGCUUGCAGGGAGAGCCAACUAUGUAAGAGAACUUCUGAGUCUAAAGCCUUCUUUUGCAGAGGAACUGAACAAAGAUGGCUUCACUCCUUUGCACAUAGCCGCAGCCAAAGGAAGCACUGAGGUAGUGAGAGAGCUAUUAUCAUUGAAGCUUGGGCCUAACCUGUGCCUCCUCAAGGACAAGUUUGGGAUGAACCCACUUCAUCAUGCAGCCAUAAGAGGAAGGGUUGGUGUGAUUCAAGAGUUGGUAUCCUUCUGUCCUGAUGCAGCCAAACAAGUCACUGCUCAAGGUGAGACUUCUCUUCACCUUGCUGUGAAGAAUCACCAGUUUGAAGCAGUUAGGAUUUUGAUGAAGUUUUGUGGGGAAGAUGAUGAGAUUAUGAGCUCAAGGGACAAAGAUGGAAGAACAGCCCUGGAGAUUGCUAUGGCUACGGAACAACUCCAAGUAAGAUUAUAUGAUAAAAUUGCUAUUUUUCUUUUCAAGCUCCGCAUCAUCCUGUUUCAUAUGCAGUAAAAUUAUAGCUGAAUAAUUUAGAUGAGUUUAAUUAGAGAUUUCAAUUGAAGGAUUCUGAAUCUAAGAUUAUGUGAGCACAUACAGGACUAUCUUAUUCAUGGAAAUAGCUUCUCGAUAAUACAAAUAUGAUGAUUUUUUUUUUUUGGCCUGAAUCAGAUAUAUGGAAUUGAAUUUACCUUCAUGAUUUUAUUUUUUUCCUUUUUAUUGCCGAUGUUCUUCAUCAUAAUAACAUCAAAAAGAACAACUCACUAAUAUUUGCUUAAAGCAAUUGUUCGGUUUUUAUAGAUUGACUAACUGGUGAACUUAAAGUCAACAGCUAAUAGUCAAUGCACCAGCUAAAUAAAUAGUUAUAUACAAACAGACACAAAUGUACACUGUUAUUAUUGAUAGCAAGUCAUUAAGGAGGUACACCUAGCUAGAGAUUUUGAUAAUCAAAUACUUCCUUUGGUCACAAAUAUAAGAUUUGGAUAACUAAUUCGUAAAGAUUAAUGAAAUUUGUUAAGUUA